GGACAAACCCCGCUGGAGGCGUUCAGAAAGCAGUAUGUUAUAAAGAAGGCUGCCGUCGCCAAAGCAAUGCCGACCAAACAACCUGGGCCGUACUUUGUCAUUCCAACCUUGCCUAUCGCCUUCCCUUCGCAGUUCUUCUCCGCUCUCGCUUCUUACGUGCCGAUUACCCACCUCACAGUUGCGAGCAUGCUCUCAUAUCCCUCUGCCUAUCUCCUCGCGGUUUCCUCGGGCUUGAAAGGCGUGCUACGUUCGAAGCUGCCCAACUUCUGGAAAGACCAAGGACCUGUUGAUGCGGAGGAAGAAGCAUUGUGGACUACGUUCUUCGAUCACCUACUACGUGGUCGAGAAAUGCUGAUCAUGCGCAAUGGGGCCGAACUGCCAGUCGACGAGGGAGACGGGUAUGGCCAUAUGGAUCUGGAGAUGUGGAUCGCGGGCUGGCUGGCAGAGCGACAAAUGAAGGGGAUGAGGGAGAAGGGGUUGGAGGAGAAGGCGCGUAUAAGGUCCAGCAUGGGGGAAAUCGCAGCCGCGGGCGAUGAGAUCGAGGAAGGGGAGGACGGCGACGCUGAGAUGGAUGAGAGCGAUGGUGAGGAUGAAAGCGAGGAUGAGGAUGAGGUCGCGGGUGAAGAGUCGGAGCAAGAGGCGGAGGACCGUGACGAGGUUGAGGCCAUGGAUCUCAUGCCCGAGCAUGAGGAUCCUACUCUACAUCUUGGUAACGAUACCACGCUUCUGGAUCUCGAGCACCUGGACACGAUCCACGUUGGCCAGGGGCGCACUGGGCCAAGGAGGGUGAGCUGGAACGAGGGCGAGCUAGCCAGCUUCUUCGAGAUCCCCGCACGACCAACGAAGAAGGGGAAGGUUAGGGCAAACCGGUAGAUGACAGCGGUUUACUAGAUUGCCAGCAUGUUAAGAAAGUAUUGUUAAUAUCUCGGUUUCUUUCUG